CCUAGGGUUUUGUUUCUCUCGAGCUGUAUAUAAAAUCCCGAUCUUCAUUUCUCAGCAGAGCCUGAAACCCCUUUACACUCUUCGUUCUGCAAAUCGCCGGCGCAGCCAACCUUAACUUCGAGGUAAGCCAUGGUGAAGCACAACAAUGUUGUGCCCAGUUCCCACUUCAGGAAGCACUGGCAAAACUAUGUCAAAACUUGGUUCAACCAGCCUGCCCGCAAGCACAGGAGAAGAGUUGCAAGACAGAAGAAAGCUGUGAAGAUUUUCCCCAGGCCCACAGCUGGACCCCUUCGUCCUAUUGUUCAUGGGCAGACCUUGAAGUAUAACAUGAAGGUCAGAGCUGGUAGGGGAUUCUCUUUGGAGGAGCUGAAGGCUGCUGGAAUCCCGAAAAAACUCGCCCCAACUAUUGGCAUCUCGGUUGACCAUAGGCGUAGAAACCGUUCAUUGGAGGGUCUUCAGACCAAUGUCCAGAGGUUGAAGACAUACAAGGCCAAGCUCGUUGUCUUCCCGAGACGCGCGCGCAAGUUUAAGGCUGGUGAUUCUACUGCUGAGGAGUUGGCUACGGCCACACAAGUCUCUGGUCCUUACUUGCCGAUUGCACGUGAGAAGCCAACUGUUGAGCUUGUUAAGGUUACUAAUGAGAUGAAAUCGUUCAAGGCUUAUGACAAGCUUCGUCUGGAGAGGAUGAACGAGCGCCAUGUUGGUAUUAGGGCUAAGAGGGCCGCUGAGGCUGAGAAGGAAGAGAAGAAAUAGUGAAAAAAGGGUGUGUAAGAGAGUUCAUUUUCCAGUUGUCCGUUAGUUUCGAAUCUGUUUUGUUACACCUUUUGUGCUUGUUUGAGGUUGAAUCUGAACCUUGAAUUUAUCUGAAUUUUUGUUGAGAUAUUCAGUACCAGCAUUUGUCUGUUCAGUGUGGAUUUUUAUGAGAUACAGCAUCAUUUUGUCAUCGUUUU